AUGCAAUCUGUUGGAGAAGGUUUAUUAAACUAUAUACGAAUCUUAAGUAUUUCUUCAAAGUUUUUCCCCAAAAAAAAGAUAUUUGGAAUGUGCAAUAGAAUUUCUAUUGUUUCGUCAAUUUGUUUCAUUAUAUUUUUUUGGUUUGGAAGUAGGUAUUUAAAAAUAUUUUGGGAAAUUGAAGAUAUCAAAGUGAUACGUUACAAAGCUUUUCAACCUAGUGAUUUUGUAUGUCCUAAUCAAUGUACAAAUGAUAUAUUACUUGAUGUUAACACUUUUCAAAAUGUUACAUUAAGAACGGAAGAGGGAAUUUUAGUUCUUUCAGCCAAUCCUUCUAAACUUUAUGUUUCUUCCAAUGGAAAAAAAAUUCUUCAACAAUUAAAUGCCUUUAGAAUUUUGUACAAAGUUGUUUCAUUAAAAGAACCCACUAUUAAUUUAAAUUUUGGAGAUACAGGUUUAUAUUCUUUAAUAUUAGUAGAAGAUUUUUAUGAAUAUUUAAAAAGUUCCUCCAAUUUACGUGGUAGUAUAAGUGGGUAUUGUAAAAAAUAUAAAGUUGGUAUGAUAUUUAUGGUACCAAACGUUGAUUCCAAAAAUGUUUUUCUUGAAAAUAAUGAAUUUAUGUUAAAAAAUAUUCAACCUAAACAAUAUGUUAGUAAUUUAUUUAUCAAUACUUCUUCAACAAUUCCGUUUAUUACAAAGAGAUGUUUAAAAAUUGAUAGUAUUCGUCCUCAUAUUGAUUCUUGGACAUUGUUUAACAGUUCUGUUUACUUCUCUAGUAUAUUAUCUGUUAACCUAACUGAAUCUUUGUCAGCUGUUGUCAAAGACAAUGGAUUUUACGAUGAUAUUGAAAAAGUUUUUUUUGGUGGUUCUAUGAACUAUUGGAUAAUUCAAUUAUUAUUCCAUGAUACAAUUCUUUAUUUUGAACCACGAUUAAAAAGUAGAUUUUCAUAUAAACGUUAUUUGCAGAUUGAUAUUGAUGAUAUAUUUGUUGGUCAACAAGGCACAAGAAUUGUUGCAGAAGAUGUGGAUUAUCUUAUUAAAACUCAACAAAAUUUAAGAGAAAAUAUUGACAAUUUUACUUAUACAUUAGGAUAUUCAGGGUAUUUUUUUCGUAAAGGAAAUAUUCUCGAAGAGAAAGGUGAUGAAUAUCUAAUGGAAAAAAAGGACAAUUUUCUUUGGUUUCCUCACAUGUGGAAACAUAAUCAUGCUCAAGAUCAUGAUGAAUAUUACUUAAAAGCUGUUAUGACACAAAAUAGGUUAUUUGCUGAAAAUUUUAAACUUCCAUUGGUUAAAGGAUAUGCCGUAAGCCCACAACAUAUUGGAGUUUAUCCAGUAUUAAAUCAUCUUUAUACCGCUUGGAAAGAAAUUUGGAAUGUUACUAUAACAUCUACCGAAGAGUAUCCUCAUUUCAAACCUAUGGGUGGUAGAAGAGGUUUUAGAUAUAGAAAUAUUUCAAUAUUACCAAGGCAAACUUGUGGUCUGUAUACUCAUACACUUUAUUAUCAUGCAUAUCCUGGUGGUUAUCAAACAUUUCUUGAUAACAUAUUUGGUGGAAAUUUGUUUUUUUCAAUUCUCUUAAAUCCUUAUAAUGUGUUUAUGACUCAUCAACAAAAUUAUGCACAUGAUAGACUUGCGGAAUAUACUUUUAAGAAUGCAAUAAAUUUUUUUAAAUGUUAUACAAAUAUUGAGUUCAAGUGGGUUGAGUCUAGUAUUUUAGAAAAAAUGUAUUUUGAGACUUUCCCAGAAGAGCAAAAAAUCAUAUGGACAAAUCCUUGUGACGAUACACGGCACAUUAAACUUUUAUCAUCAACAAAAAAUUGCAAAGACAUUCCUCUGCCAAAUUUGUUAAUAAUCGGUCCACAAAAAACUGGUACAACAGCUUUAGCAAAUUUUCUUAAACUUCAUCCAGAUGUUGGAACAAAUGAUUUACUGAAAGAUUCUUUUGAAGAAGUUCAAUUUUUCAGUAAUGAAUAUAAAUAUGAAAAAAGUAUAUACUGGUAUUCUGAUCUUUUUAAAAAUGCUAGAAAUCAAUCAAAAAAGUAUAUUUUCGAAAAAACAGCUAACUAUUUUGAUCAUCCAACUGCUCCUGUCACUACUUCUUCCUUGCUUGGAAAUCCAUUUAUUGUUAUUGUUCUUAAAGAUCCUGUUCUCCGAGCUUAUUCUUGGUAUCAACAUAUGAAGUCUCAUAAUGACCCAGUUGCAAAUAAAUAUACAUUUGAGGAAGUUAUGCUUAGUAAUAAAAAUGAAACAAUAAAGUUAAAAUCACGUUGUUAUACUCCAGGGAGAUACGCUUUUCACUUACUUAAAUGGCUUCGUUACUAUUCACCUUCUAAAAUAAUAACAAUUGAUGCAGAUGCAUUAUUAACAGAUCCUUCAACAACACUGACGCGCCUAGGAAAGAGGAUUGGAUUAUCUGACUUUGAUUUUACUUCUGUAAUAAAAUAUAAUGAAAAUAAAGGUUUUCAUUGUCCUGUCAUUGAAGGACAUCCAAAAUGUUUAGGUAAAAGCAAAGGACGAAAAUAUAAUCAAUUAAUGAUGGCAAAUCUUAAGCGUAGUGUAUCUCAACACAUCCCUGAAACCAAUGAUUACAUUGGAGUUGUCAAUUAUACAAACCAAGUUUUUAGAAGAGCUGUCAAAAAUGGUUUUGAAUUUACACUUAUGGUCGUUGGUGAAAGUGGUUUGGGAAAAAGUACUUUUCUUAAUACCUUAUUUUCUACUGAACUAGAAAAGUACGAAGGUAAUGUUAUACCAUCAACACAGAAAGUGGUGGCUAAAAGUUUUUAUCUUACGGAAAAUAAGGUUAAAGUUAAGUUGACGCUAGUUGAUACUCCUGGUUUUGGGGACUCUAUUGACAACACCAAUUGUUGGAAACCUAUAGUGGAGUAUAUUGACUCAAAAUAUUCUCAAUAUCUUAAUGAGGAAACUAAAAUAGAAAGGAAGAAUAAAAUUCCCGAUGAAAGAGUUCACUUAUGUUUAUAUUUUAUCGCUCCGACAGGACAUUCUUUGAGAGAGAUUGACAUUAAAUUUAUGAAAAAUCUCCAUGACAAAGUUAAUAUUAUUCCUUUGAUCGCUAAAGCGGAUACUUUAACUCUUGGUGAAAUGAAUCGUUUCAAGGAAAAUAUUCUUCGAGACGUUGAAAAAAAUGGCAUCAAAAUAUAUCAAUUUGAACCCAGUGGAGGUGAUGAAGCUUCUCAAAAUUAUUCAAGAGUACCAUACGGUAUUGUAUGCAGUAACCACAUUAUUGAAACUAAGACUGGAAGGAAAGUACGCGUACGUGAAUAUCCUUGGGGUGUUGUAGAGGUUGAUAAUCUUAAACACAAUGAUUUUGUUGCAAUGAAAGAAGUUCUUCUCAAAAAACACCUUAUUGAUCUUAUUUGUGAUACGGCAAAUGUUCACUAUGAAAAUUUUAGAUUUAAUCAAUUAAGUGGACCUUUCAAGGGUGGCAAUGUGGACUGUGACCCAAUGUCACAAAUGGAGGCUGAAAAUAGAAUGCUAGAAGAGCAAUUUGAAGCAACAAAGAAAAAUAUGGAGAAGGUGUACUCCGAGAAGGUCAUUGAUUGGGAGUUGAGAUUGAAAGAACGUGAAAAUAAGUUGGCUUCUGUAGAAAAGGAACAAAGACAACUUUUGCAAUCAAAGCGUGAAAAGUUAGAUCAAUUGACAAAAGAGGUUCAAGAAAUUAAAAUAUCAGUAGGACAAAAUGAGAAUGCUAGCUCAAAAUGUUCACCAGGUGAGAAAAAAAAGAAAAGUGCUACUCUUGGAAUUUUCCAUAGAAACACAAAACACGAAAUAUAG